UACAUUUCAUCAAUAUACCCGCCCAUGCAUCAUAUACAGUGAGGGGUUUCUGUUUCGACAGUUGUCGUCGAAUCGUUUUGAUGAAAUAAAAAUGCUUUAUAGGUAUAACGUGCGCACGGUGGAUCUUAUGGAUCAUGUCAAAAUAUUGACAACGAAGAUUGGCAUUUCUACAGAUGACGCACACGUGACUAUUGAAGUAUGAUUACGAUUGUGAGCAUUUGAGCUGUAUUACAUUUCCAUAGUUUCUCAGCAGCAGCUUUGAAGAUGCAGAUGUGCCGAUGAUUUCAGUGAAAAGGUGCAGGACUAAUCUUGCUGAUGGUGAUGACACUACCCGAUAGUGAUUGGCGUGAUAAGGCUGGCGCCUGUAAAACAACAUUGGUAAAAAUGAUAGGAGGGCUAUCAACUUAAAGACGACAAAUUGCCAUGUCUGACAUUGUUAUUUGCGUAAGAUUGAUUUAAAACAAUGAAUCUUUUUAGAGACUUAUAAUCAUUGACUGUUUAGCCGUGGGAUUGGAAGUAGAUAUAAUCACGUCUUUUGUGUGUUCAUCCACACAAGAGACCCAUAUACCAAUAAGUUAUUCACAAAGUUGAGAGCCAAGCGCCACAAAUGAGUGCAUUCCAAGAGCGAUCAAUAUACUCUCUUGCAAAGAAUAGUGUUUUACGGGUUAGCGGCAUUCGGUGUUGGUAAUGAUGGUGGAGAUGAUGAUGCCCUAGAGGUAUCGACCUUCUUUACACCUUGAUGAUCUUAAUGAUCGAAACUUGAAGACAAUGGAUGUCAACCAAUCAAAACAAGAUGGUUCUGUUAGGGAUGUCGAUAGGUAUCCAACGGAGGUUGAGGAGGGCGUGGAUAUUGAAAUCAUAUCACUCGAGCAAAACGAUCCCACCGAUGAGGAUGGCAUCAUUUCUAUGGAGAUUGGAAGCAGCGGCAACUCAUACGCUCUGGACCAGUUGGGAGAAGGAGAAAGUGUAGGGUGUGAUAGAGAUAGUAGAUUAUGUGAUUCGACAUCAUCGAUGAAGCACGGUGAUGUCAAUCAUAAUUCAAUCGAUCAUCUCGACCAAGACAUGGACUCGACAACGGGCAACCACUUCGACUUCGAUCUGGAAGACGAUCUUCGAGAACGAAUGUCUUCUGUAGGAAGCGUUUAUGACGAUUUGCUAAAAAAUUCUACGAGACCGAGUUCGUCGAGAUCGUAUGUGGUUGGUGGAGAACUCAACAUCGAUGAUCGCGACGAGUAUGAAUUCGACGAUGAAUUACGAUCUAACGAUGGCUACACAAUUUCUUCAUUAACGCCCUUGCAGCGGUUUCAGAAGGCAGGUCGCCAGGUGAAAUUCAUGUGUGGUGUCCAGUUAAGUCUGAAUAAAUGUGCCGAAGAGGCUGGCAAGGGGACAUUCUCCAUCCAGAUCGCCGAUCUGUUGGAGAAGAUGUCCCGUACACCAAGUGUUGUUUACAUCCCUGAGAAUAGCAAAGAGAAACUCAGCUUCAACGCAACAGACUACUGUUCCAAAUACGAGUUUACGUGGCCGGAGAAAGCGAAAGGAAUACUAUUGAAAGCUCCUUCAGAUCGAACACCCGACGACAUCAGACUAGUCCGAAGUUUGAUGAGAGGACUCUACAGCUUCAGAAAGUAUUCCACAAACCUUCAGGAUCUCAUCUGCAAAGUGAUACGAUACGCAAAGUACGGUCGACGGCGGGUGGUUAUACGUAAGGGCCAUCCCGGGUUCUCCUUUUACUUCAUCUUCUCUGGUGUGGCUGGUGUGACACUGGAAGAGGACGAGGUGAAUGCGUUUGUCAAGAAAGAAGUCAACAUUCUCAAAAAAGGAGCUAGCUUUGGUGAGAUCGCUUUACUAAAGGAUUCUCGACGAAAGGCAACGGUAGUCUGUCUAGAAGACACUGAGUUCCUAGUCGUUGAUUCUGAUGACUUCUUUGAUAACAACCUCCACCUCCACAUCCAACAAGACUUUGAAUAUCGACUAAAUUUUAUCAGUCGCCUAGAUUUAUUUUCAACCUGGUCCUCGGAGACGAUAGAAGAAAUUUCUGACAUGGGUCGUAUUGAGGAGUACUGUAACGAAUCACUGAUUGUCAAGGACGCUAGAGAUACUGAUUGGUUGUUCAUAAUCACUAAGGGCCGAGCGGAUGUCUUGAAGCUAGUCGACCUUGCUCAGUUAUACCUGUCCAAACAGGCCGAGGAAGAAGAAGUAAUGGAGGUGUCCCGGAAAGCUAGAGUACUCAGCGGCAGGUCAGCGGUCGGAUGGAACGAAGACUUCUCGUCAAAGCUCUCCAAAAUUCCACAGCACCAGCAGUAUCAUCAUCAAAAUCAACAACCCAAUUCAGAUCCGAGGUUUCCUUGGAUGACCGGGGACGAUGGGCAACGGCAACCCCAGAAGAAUAGCAAGAAAUCAGAUGUCCCAUCAAGGCCAAAGACAACCGGUCAGAUCGCAUCACGUACUCGCAAUCCCGUACCUAGUGAUGUCCAGGACGACAUGCAAGGGAAUAGGAGAAGCAAAAGUGCCACAGUCAGACUAAAAAUUCCCUCGGACAAGCUUGGUGGCAACGGUGAUGAAGCCGCUGAUGAAGAACAACCUCAUGACAUACAUAAGUCGAACUCAAGAGUUAGUUCAGCAAAUCACAGGCGAACGCUUUCAGAACCUGUUGAGGAUAUGUCUACCCUGCCGGGCCAUAUUACACUAGGAUUAGAAACGAUCAAAGCUCCUGGCGUUGACGCAGGAGUGUACAUCCAAGUCGACGCCCUCAGACCAGGGGACUUCUUCGGUAUUCAGGGCAUUAGGAGCGAAAUGCCUCACCUUUCCCUGGUCAGUCACGGCUGCGAACUUAUCCGAAUAUCAAUGUCGAAAUUUCGCGAGUUCGCCGAUGACGAAACCUUAGCCAAAGUAACCAAACUUCUUCCGACCUACGCAAGCGACCUUGAAUUGUGGCGAAGUUUCCAGAAACAGAACAAGUGGAGAAACUUCAAGAAUGGCGUGAUCACUGAUGUCAUGAGGCAUGCGCACCAGUCGGGUCCAGCAACGAUUAUAGAUAGUAGGGCGAGGCCUAAAUCGCGGAGAUCGGUGACCAGUGAUUGGGUGACGAAUACAUGGAGUAGGCGGAGUUCGAUGGGAGGAGAAUCAACUGGAGCGAGAAACACACCUCUCCCCAAAAUCAUUACAAGUGCAGUAGAAAGGGGGAAUAGCGCCCGAAGUCCACGCAUACGACGAAGAGGUAAAAGUGAUGUGUCCAACGCGAGUUGGUCAAGACCAGGAAGUCGUGCUCUCACCUGUAGUAGACCGCCAAGCACGCGAAUUUCUGACUCGAGGCCACCCACUCGACAUUCAAUGUCCAAUCACGACUUGAGGAUUCUCGAAAACCGAAGAUUGAGCUUGCCCGCGUCGCGUUUUGUCUCCGCCUCCCAAUCCAUGAACAACCAACCGAUGACUCGUACGCACAGUGCUGUGGGUGGAGCAAUGAGUGUGGGCGGGGAGAAAAAAUUCCAUUCUCAGGCAUCAAUGCCUCAUCUAAACAUUCCCGAUCUCGCAAGUUUCACGAAACCAACAUUUACCAGUAGCAGAAGUUGGAAAGAACUGAAGUCGUGAAAAUUAAGAGACUAUCAUAACUUUUUGCUGAUGAAAUAACAGUGCCUUUGCCGCCUACAGUGCAAUAUACAGAUACUUGCUAAUUUCAUUCGAGUGAAAUGAAUUUAUUGAUAAUGAUAUCGCUGAAAUUGAUUAAACGUGCUUGAAGUAAAACAAAAACAAUUUCUAUAUUAUGCAUGUAGAAAUAUGUAUAAGAUAAAAAAAAAACAUUUUAAGAAAGUAGAAGCUGACUGAAUAGAAUCUCGAGGAGCAUAUACCAUCUUGUCAAUGAGUAUCAAUGAACUACACUGGCUUUCUCGUUGGACACGUUGGAACAAACUUGCUACCAAAGAAAAAGUUUUGAGUAAUACUGAUAAAAUUGCGAACAUUUUUAUUCCGUUUUGUUCCAUUGCCUUUUUUCAUAAUGGUGUAAAUGCGGGAUUUUUUUAUGAAAAUUGGUCGUCCGACAAGUUGUUUGAUCUGACAACUCCGUGAUUUUGAUUAACUGACAAGUUCAGUCCUAUAAGAGUGGACUUGUAUAGGGUAAAACGUCGAUCCGACCAAUCACUUCAUGAGACACUACCUGGGUAUUUUGUUGAGGGAAGGGAACAAGCCGGGGCAAGACAGGAAGCAUAGAGACCUACGACAGACUUAUUUCUUUAAUUCUCAAAUAGAAAGAGAAGAAAAGAGUGUAAUAUGUCCAAAGAGUCUAUUCAUUGAUGACCUUAUUCGUUCACCAUUACUUCUUUUCUCUUCUAUCUUUAAGGCCCAUCAAAUACUAGUAAAUCAAUUAUUUGUUGAAAUUGAUUGUUACUUUAUUAUCUAACUACUAGCAUGUAAAUCUCUAUUUCAUGCUGGCAGACUUCCCGUUUACCCACUUUAAAACAAAUCCGCAAAAAAUCCUCUACAAAUUUUGCGUUCAUUUUAAUGGGUGUAUUCAAUUCGUGGCGUAUGAACAGAUGAACGGGGGGGACGGGGGUCCGUAAAUGUACUAGUAUUUUGCUUCUUUCUCGACACUAGAAAAAUAAGCGCAAUAUUACCAUAAUAUUGCAAUAAGCAAAGCCAUGCCAUGUUCUAUAAAUACGCCAUGUGGCAAAUGCAUUUUUUUUUUUGCCCAUAGACGUGCUUUCUUUAUUAUGUAUGCGAUCUCACCGUGAGUAUCGAUAAUUAUUGCCGUAAUAUAUAGACAUGUUAAUAAGGGAGCAUUUCAUAAAACAAGUAGUGGUUCCCACUGACUAAUCUGCUCCGAGCCAAUCAGAUGCAAGGUUUUCGAUUGCUUAUGACAAGUUUCACGAAAUGCACCCAUGAACCAGGGAGUUGUGACAACUCCCUGCAUGAACAGAA